AUGUUGACAGCACAUGAAGCAGACGAGGUGAUAGCGCUGCUGGAGGGCCGCGACGCGCCGGAAGUGGUCGGGGCGCUCUUCGCGGCCAUCCGGGAGCCUUGGCUCGUGCGCGGCCUGUUGAACUAUCACGCGCGCACGGGAUCCACGCGCGUCCUCGAUCAUCUCGCCCGCGCGCCCGAGCCCCACGCGCGCCUCCUGCUCGACGCGCUCGUCGACCACCUGCGCGCCGACCGCUCGGCCCGCCACCAGGCCCUCGCCGCCAUAGCGCCGCUGGUGGCGCGACGGCCCGCCUGGCUGCACCGCCUUUCGACGCACCCGGUGGCCCGCGAGCUGAUGCGCGCCGCGCGCCUCGAGCGUUCACCGCUGGCGUCGCUCCACGCGCUGCUCUCGCUCGCCGCCCUGCUGCCCGCGGAGCCCGCCCUGGCCGCGUCCCACUUGCCCGAGUUGGCGGACGCGCUGUUGCGACCUCCCGCGCUCGAGUCGCCUCCGCCGCCGCAACCCGUCCGGGACCAUCUGCUGCUCGCCCGCCUCGCUCUCUUCCACGCCCUCUACGCGACCCACCCUUGCACGUUGCUCGACACGUUGCGCGCCGAGUGCGCCGCGGCGCCCGCCCGAGACUCCUUCGAACGCGCCCUCGCGCCGCUCCUUCGGUCCGUGCGACUGCAUCCGCACCUCGUCACCGGCUCGCGGCAACGGGAGGCCGACCCGGCGCGGUGGGCUCGCGUCGAACUCCACGACGUGCUGGUCGAGGCGCGGCGUCUCUCGCUGCUCGCUCGCGACCCGCCCGAGGACCGCGCGCCCGCGACGGUGGCGCCGGCGCCUCUCCGACCGCCGGCGUCCGCCUCUCCGGCGCCCGGAUCCGGGGCCCACGCAGCCCGCGCCGCCUCGGCGCUACGGCCCGGCGCGGAACCCUGGUUUCCGCUCGCCGAUAGGUGCGGGGCCGAGUCGGCGCCGAACACUCCCCUGCCGGCGGAGCCCGAGAGCGCCGAGGCCCCCGAGGCGGCCGUCGAGGCGACCCCGGAGAACACGCCCGCCAAGGACGCGCGCACCCAGUUCCGCUUCCCGAACGACUCGGCGGUCGUCCGCGCGAUCGGUCGACGCUCUCGGCCGCCGUCGCCGCCGCGGAAAGAGACGUCGCCGCCGGUCGGGGGCGAGGCGUACGCGGGGCGCCUGGCCCGCGUGGCGCUCGAGAGGCGCGCCGCGGAGUCGCCCGUGCCGUUCGGCGGGGGGCCGCCGCCGGCCGGCGCCGUCCCGCGGCCGGAGCCGAGUCGCGCCGUGGCCGCGGCGUGCGAAGCGGAGCCGCUCAACGUGGAGGACCGCGAGGUGUUGGAGCUGACGGAGCGCGCCGGCGGCGAAGCCGCGUGGGACUCGGGCGACGGCGGAACGCCCGCUUGGCGAGACCCGCGCGCGAAGGCGCCCCGCCGCGAGGGGGCUCGUCGGGCGCCGCCCGCGAGACGCGCCUCGUCCUGCUCGCCGGCUCUGCGCUCGCGCACUUCGGAGGCGGCCGCGCAGACGGUGGACACCUGGCCGGCUCCCUACGAGUUCCUCAUCGCGGACUUCUUCCGUUCGCUUCCGGACGCCGAGCAGACACAAACGGACGAGAGAGGGGGUGAGCCCUGCGAGCGCCUCGACGCCUAUCUGGCCGAUCUGUACUCGGGCAAGAGGUCGGCGACCGCCGGCGAACUCGCCGAGCAACUCGCGCUGGUUCACGCGCAGCUCAUGUACGAAAGGUGGCGCCGCGAGGCGCACGCCGAACGCAACCGACGCCUCCUGGGCCGCUGUCGCCGCACGCGCAUGCUCGAGCUGCAGAACGCCGCGCUGCGCGAGCGCCUUCGCGCCUCGCAACGGGAGCGGGACGAGCUCGCCUCGCGUCCGCCCCGCGACCCGCCGCCCGCGACCCUCGCGCCUCCCGACCGCCGCCUGGAGGACGCGCUGGCCGACGAGACCGUCGCUAGGCUUCGCGCCGAGGCCGCGCUCGAGGAGGCCGAGGCGCAGAGGGCGCUCGACGCCGCCGAGCUGCGACGCACGCGCGGCGAGGCGUUCGAGACGGCGCGCCGCGUCGAGGCCCUCGCUCGCGCCACCCUCGCCGCCGAGCGCCGCGCGGAGCGGGCGAGGCGUCUGCGCCGCGAGCUGGUCGCCGUCGGGGAGGACGACGCGCGCCGAGGCCGGCCGGGGGCCGGGUCUGGAGACGACGCGAAGCACGCGGCGGAGGCGGAGCGGCUGAGCGGCGAGCUCCGAGCGGCGCGCGCGGCGCUGGCCCGCGCCGAGGCCGAGGCCGAGUCGGCGGCCGCCCGCGGCGAGGCGGCGGCGACGCGCGCCCACGAGCUCGAGGCGGCGCUGGCGGCGCGCGAGGCGGGCGUCGUGGAGCUGAAGCGCGUGUCGCGGGCGGCGGCCGAGGAGCACGCGGCUCGCGUUCGCGCCCUGCAGGACAAGUACGCGGCGCUGGUGCGGGUGGCGCGCGCCGCGGAGGCGCACGGGCUGGAGCGGAAGGCGCGCGAGCAGCUGCGGCCCGCGGCCGUCGCCGACGGCGCUCUGUAA